ACCAUGAACUACGUGGGGCAGCUGGCUGAGACUGUGCUGAUCACCGUGAAGGAGCUGUACAAGGGCCUGAACCCAGCCACCCUGACAGGAUGCAUUGACAUCAUUGUGGUGAGGCAGCCGGAUGGCUCUUUCCGGUGCUCGCCUUUCCACGUGCGCUUUGGGAAGCUGGGAGUCCUGCGCUCCAGGGAGAAAGUGGUUGACAUAGAAAUCAACGGGGAGCCAGUGGACCUGCACAUGAAGCUGGGAGACAAUGGAGAGGCCUUCUUCGUCCAGGAGUCAGAGGAGAAUGAGGAGAUGAUCCCCUCCUGUCUAUGUACCUCCCCUAUCCCUCUGGAAGAGAGUCCAGAUCUCGAGGCCAAACCAUCCCAGGCAUCCACUGUGUCUCAGCUCAGCCUGCUUGGAGAGCCAGAAGCAUCAGGCUCUGACAUGACGUCCCUUCGUAAGAAAAGGCGGCGCAGGAAGAAGCUGAAGCCGAAGGAGGCGGCGGACUCUACUUCAGAAGAGCAGGAAGGGACUGACAGUGAAUGGACUCUCGAGGAAAAGCGCAAGCUGCUGACUGCCUGUGAUUCAGUUUAUUUCUCCUUCACUGACCUCCCGAGUGAGGAAGCUGGGACUGUGCAAUCCAAAGAGAGCUACCAUUAUUCUGAUGGGGAGCUGGCUCCGCCACAGAGCCUCACUCCAAGCCGUCCGUCUUCCCCCAAAAGUGACUCUGAACUGGAGAUCAAACCCUCUGAGCCAUCUCUUCUUGGAGCUGAACCCCGCAUGCAGUGGACUUGGGGGAGGCUCCCUCAGGUGAGUAAAUUGGAGCGAGUCGAACCAGUCAAGUCCACUGUGACCAUCACCACAACAACGACCGUCCCAGUGAGCCAGGCAACCCACUUCCAAGCCAUCACGGCAGGUUUGGAAGGCGACUUGAGAACAGCAGACUCCUGGGAUACGUCUUGUUCCUCCACCACACCUGUAAUUAGGCCAACGCCCGUCUUCCAAAAUGGGAAUGGCCCCCCUGUGCUGAAAGACCAGCCCUCGGCAGAGUCUGCAGCCGCGGUGGGGAGUGCGCCUGAGACCACCCUGCCCCAAAUAGGAGAGCAGGGAGCACAGGAACAGUCAGUGGGAGAAGCUGUGGAAGGAGAAGAGAAUGUGGUGAAGAAUCAGCAAGCCCUAGAGCUGGAUCCCUCUUGCGUGCGGGCAGCCCCAGCCCCAAGACAGGCUGGUUUGGAGAGAAUGGAACCCAGUGAUAGCCCAGGAACCAAACCGGAAAGCCCAAGGAGGCAGGGUUCCACAAAGAGAAGCCCUCACCUGGGUCCCAGCGACAUUUACUUGGAGGACCUCCCCAAUCUGGACGAGGAGCAGGUGGCCCUUUAUUUCCCCAAAAGUGAUGUGGAACCGGGUUCAAAGUCCUCGACUGAUCCCAGCAGCCCUGGCCAUACCCGACUGCUGGCUGGUCCUACAGCCGAUGGAGGCACCGAUAACUUAUCCGACCCCACUCAUGACCUGACGCACCCCAUCGCGCUGUCCCUAUGUGGCGGUCUCGGGGACAGCAGAGAGAUCUUGCACAAGAAGUUCAUGGAGCACAUCAUCUCUUACCAGGAGUUUGCUGAGAACCCAGAAGUCCUCGAUGACCCAAACCUGGUGAUACAGAUCCACAAGAAAUACUAUAACUGGGCAGUGGCUGCUCCCAUGAUCCUCUCCUUGCAGGCAUUCCAGAAGAACGUUCCCAAGAGCACCAUUGACCGGCUGGUGAAGGAGAAAAUGCCCAAGAAGAGCGGCAGGUGGUGGUUUUCCUGGCGGAGGAGAGACUUGACUGCUGAGGAGCAUGAACCCAGCGCAGGAGAACUGGAGCAGGGCUCUACCCCACAGAGGAGGAAGAUGGAUCCUUCAUCCAGUGAUGAAUCCAUAUCCCCGGUGUCGAGCCCUGAUGCCACCGUGCAGAAAUUUCUUCCCACCUACAAGAAAUCCCUGAGGCUCUCUUCAGAUCAGAUUAAGAGACUGAACCUGCAGGAUGGCCCCAACGAGGUGGUGUUCAGCGUGACCACUCAAUACCAGGGCACGUGUCGCUGCGAGGCCACCAUCUACCUGUGGAACUGGGAUGACAAGGUGGUGAUCUCUGAUAUCGAUGGGACCAUCACCAAGUCUGAUGCUUUGGGUCACAUUUUGCCGCAACUGGGAAAAGACUGGACUCACCAGGGCAUUGCCAAACUCUUCCAUAAAAUCCACAUGAAUGGCUACAAGUUCCUCUACUGCUCAUCCAGGGCCAUUGGCAUGGCGCACAUCACCAAAGGAUACCUGAAAUGGGUCAAGGACCAGGGCUGUGCCCUCCCCAGGGGGCCCAUCCUGCUGGCCCCCAGCAGCCUGUUCUCAGCCUUUCACAGGGAGGUGAUAGAGAAGAAGCCGGAGAUAUUCAAAAUCGCCUGCUUGACAGACAUCCGAAACCUAUUCGGCUCCAUGGGGCAGCCCUUCCACGCCGCCUUUGGGAACAGAGUCCAUGAUGUCGACGCUUACAAGCAAGUGGGGUUGUCGGAGUCUCAUAUAUUCACAGUGAACCCAAAGGGGGAACUGAUACGGGAGCUCACCAAGAACCAGAAAUCCACGUAUGAACGGCUGACUGAGCUGGUGGAGCUAAUCUUCCCCCCGGUAGGCCAGGGUGUUAGUGUUGCUUUGCUGUGGCCAGAGUACAGCCAGUUCUCCUACUGGAGGGCUCCACUGCCGCUCAUUGACAUAGAAGAUCUUGCCUGA